CUGUACUUGUUCUGUGUUCAUCAAAUUCAUUUAUUUUUUAGAAAGGCCGCUUAAGCUAAAAUCGGGUCACGUGAAUUUCUGUUGACCGCUCCUAUAACAUUUCAUUGAAGAUGUUUACCAGUUGGUGGCACCGUAUCGUUAACGUUUAGUAGAGAUGACUUCAAAGAGGAAUUAUUUGCUAGUAGCAGCAAUUGACUUUGGAACAACAUUUUCUGGAUACGCAUUUUCAUCAAAACAUGAUUUUGAGAAGGACCCAACAAAGGCUAGCCUAAGACGGUGGGUAGACCCUAUAAGCUCGAUGAUGUACUGCAAGACUUCGACGUGCAUUUUAUUCACUGAAGAUCAGAAGUUUGAUAAAUUUGGAUUUGAGGCAGAGGCCAAAUACUUGGACCUGAUUUCUGACAAUAACCAGAACAAUUGGUAUUUUUUCACAAAGUUUAAGAUGUUGCUUUACGAAAUACAGUCAGAGGAUCAACAACUUUUAAUUAAGGAUGACAAUGGCAAAGCAAUGUCCGCCCUAGUUGUAUUUUCUGAAUCACUUCGAUAUUUAAAACAAUCUCUGUUGGAUGAAAUCAAGAAUCAGUUCAUCAAUAUUGAAUUAAACGAAAUAAAAUGGGUAAUUACAGUACCAGCUAUCUGGUCUGAUCCUGCAAAAGCUUUCAUGAGGAGGGCUGCGAUGAAGGCAGGAAUAGACUCCGAGAUGCUAACAAUAGCAUUGGAACCUGAAGCAGCAGCGCUGUAUAUUAAACACAUUCCUAUAGAGAAAAGAGUGGAUGAAAGCAAGGAAGGAGUUUUACAGGUCUUUUGUCCUGGAACAAAAUACAUCAUAGUGGACGCUGGGGGUGGUACAAUUGACAUAACUGCACACGAAGUGCUGGAAGACGGUCACGUCAGAGAACUCAUUAAAGCCACUGGAGGGAACUGGGGAGGUACGAGGGUCGACGAAGAAUAUAUGGAUUUUAUCAAAUCUAUCAUUGGUGAAGAGGCCACAAAACAUAUUGAAGAAAGCAAACCUGACGUGUUUUUUGAAGCCUGUAGAGAGUUUGAAAUGGCUAAACGUAGAAUUAAACCGAUGUCCGACAAUAAAUUUACAGUUAAAAUUCCGUUGUGCAUCGGGGAAGAGUACACAAAUUAUAAUGAAGGUAAAAGUUUAAAUUUAUUAGAAACUUGUUUAUCAAGGACUGGUAUACAAAUAGGGAUUUCAUUUAUCAGAGAUAAAUUGCGAUUGGCAUCAACAGAUGCAGAAUAUUUUUUUAAACAAUCAAUCACUGAAAUAUCUAAUCAUCUUAAGAAACUAUUUCAAAAUAAGGACGGAAAAGGCAUCUCCACCAUAAUUCUUGUCGGUGGUUAUGCAGAAUCUCCAACGCUUAUCGAAGGAAUCAAAUCCAACUUUCCUGAAAUGCGUACGGUUAUUCCACAAGAAGCAUCUUCGUCUAUUUUGCUUGGCGCACUCAUUUUUGGUCACAACCCCAGUCUUAUAAGACAGAGGCGGAGCAAGUACACCUAUGGUAUUUGUGUGAACAAAAAAUUCAAUCCUUCCGAACACGAUGAAAAACAUAGAUAUGAAGAAAAUGGAGAAUAUCGAUGUGGGGGAUAUUUUAGUAAACUAGUAGAGGUUGAUGAAAGUUUUGAUGUUGAAGAAUCUCAAUUUGAAAAACGAUAUCGCAUAAAGAAGUGUAAAGAUGAGGGAAAUUUGAAAUUAUAUGCCAGUACAUCGAAAUGGCCUAAGUAUGUUGAUGAAGAAGACUGUUUUUACAUUGGGCAUAUUCUGUCUCCAGGGCACGAGUUUGUCCCUGAAGAAUAUAUAUAUAUUAAUGUUUUCUUUGGAGACACGCAAAUUUUCUUCCUAGCUAACCAACCAAAAAGUAAAAAGACGGCUCUUUGCUAUCUUGGACAAUAAUGAAAAAGCUACACAUCCCAUUUACAUUUACCUGUUCCUGCCUAAAAGCGUUCAAUGAUGAUAUGAAGAUCGAUUAUUUAAAUCAUUAGUUGGAUUUUUAAAAAAUUGUUUUUGUAUUAAUCACCUGUUUAGGUUGGUUUUUCUUUUUUGUCACCUUUUGUCUGGUGAACUAAGCGCAAUUAUCAUUCUCAGUGACCAUUGAACUUGAAACAUGCAUUUACGAGGAGGUUUUUGCAUGAUACAUAAAACUCAGUAUAUCAUUUAUAUUAUAUUCUUCUAUAUCAUAUAUAAUAUUAUUUGCAUUUAAGUUAUUUCAAUCUCGCUAUCUGUACAUUUUUGAUGCUACUACACAAUGUGUUUAAUAUGUUAUUUCUAAUGCAGUUGUUUCACGAUACCUAGGCAUACUUGUAAAAGUGUCAUAAUUUCAAUAUCUUCUAGAACAAUUAUCAAUUAUUGAGCUUGACAAUAUUUUCUAAAACGCUCUUUAGUAAUUCCUUUUUAUGGUUUCGUCAUCAUAUUAUUGCUAAAUCCCCUUUAACGGGGCAUAGUCACGAUUUUGGUCAAAAAUUAUUUUUCCGGUUUUAAUGUUUACAAUGCAUAAGUAAGGUAUUUUUAAUAUGCAACCACAAAUUUGAGGGUCAUGUGUUGAGUUAUAAGCGAAUUACAGAGCUUUAAAUCUUUAAAACUAUGUAAACAAAGCUUUUGUUUACAUUUUGAAUGUUAAUGAAAUGCCAAAUUUUAGACCUUGAAUGAAUGUGUUAAACGUUAGAAAAUCUUUAUUUAUGCUUCAAAUGAAUAAGAAGAUGGACAAAUUAGCUUUAAAAAAGAUUUUUACUGGUAUAUUGAACCUGUAUGUAAAUAAAAACAGGGCAUGAGCCUUGUUUACAUAAUAAAGAAUAGCGAGCGCUGUAUCUUGCUUAUUUAAACAAUAAAAUGCUUUCUUUGGUGAUUCAUUCGGGAUAUGAAGGUAGCGGGUUAUGUAAAUAAUUUUUUUCUGCAAUAAUCGCUACCUUCAUAACCCGCAUGAAUCAUCAAAGAAAGCAUUAUAUUGUUUAUAUUAACAUCUUUUAGCUAAUUGAUAAAUUGAAGUUAGUAAAAUUCACUAAAUUACUGUUAAUGUACAUAAGUACGUUAGCUAAAAGAAACAGCCAAAUCGUCUCUUGUGAGACUUUGAGACUGACAUCAUCAUGAUUAUUUCAUGCAGUCCGUGAUCUUUCUUAGGUCGCUGUAGAUUUCGACCAAUCGAUAAACAGGGCGUGUCAAUUUCAGACCUGUCAAUUUCUACUCAAGUUUCAGCCGCUGUAGUUUUCGAUCGAUCGAUAAACGGAGCGUGUAGAUUUCAGUCUGGCUGUGUCUAUAGAGCUAUGAAUUAACUAUAAGUUUCAGUAAGAAAUAGAGGAAAAAAUACUUGGUAUAUGUAAAUGUAGCUUAAUGACUGACUCUCAAAUUUCAUUUGAUCAUUAGAAAUGCAUUUCUAAAGCAUUGUAAAAAAUAAAAACAGAUAAAAAGAAUUUGACCAAAAAUAAUGCCCAUAAUUGUAUCAAAUUCAGAAUAUCAGACAAGAUUUUCUAGACGUAUAUUUUUUAAACAAUGCAUGAAGUGUAAAUGAUGUCCACCUUUUAAUAAUAAUAUUUGUGUCGAGUUUGGCUAGCAAUAAAGU